CGUACGUGACCCUCACCUGACCAAACCCCUCCACCUCCCUCCAUUUCUUCUUCCCCAACCUAAACCCCCUCCUUCUUUCUCCCCUGCCGCAGCAGGAAGACGACGACAUGGAGACCGACGGGGGAGGGGAUACCAUUACCAGAGUGGUUGGCUGGGUGUUCUUAUUCCUCGGAUCUUUGGCUACGGGCUUCCUCUUCUACUCACCAUUCAACACCAUUCAGGCGAUCAAGGAGGCAGGAGAUAUCGGCCAGCAGAAGGCGGACCUGUACCUGGCGGUGCUGCUCAACUGCCUGGUCUGGCUGCUGUAUGGCUUCGUCACAGACAAGGAUGCCUGGCUGGUGAUCCUCAUCAACGGCGUCGGCGUCUGUUUCCAGCUCUACUACCUCUACGUGUUCAUCCGCGCGUCUAUCGACCGCUUCACCAUCUCAUGCACUGUCCUGUUACUGUUGCUCAUCGUCGCCUCCGCCGCCGGUAUCAUCUUCCAGACCUUUCCCACCAAUGCCGAGAGGAAGACGGUCUUGGGCAGGGUCGGCAUUGUCACUGGCUGCAUCAUGUAUUUGGGGAGUGCAAGACAGCUGUGGGCAGCGAUCUGUGACAACAAUGUGCUGGAGGUUAUGGUGCUGAGGGUGAUGCUGGCCGCACUCGCCAACGGGAUCUUCUGGACCAUCUACACCGGCAUCAUCCAGGACUUGUACAUGGGGUUUCCCAACUGGGUUGGCAUUGGGUCCGCGGCCAUCCAGCUGGGCGUGUACGCAUGGUUCUACGACAGGCGCUAUAGGCAAGGCGCGGCCGCGCUGGACGGCAGAGACGAGUGAUCGUACCAGGGCGCCGAGCUGAGGGCCGACGGCCGACUGAGACCAUCACCUUGCUUAUUCAUUGCAUGGCCGAUCGACUGAGACCAUCACCUUGUUUAUGCGUUGCACGGAUACAUCUAUCGUCUAUCUAGACUUCAAUUAUCCUUGAAUUUUCAUGGCAAGCAUGUAGAAAACGAUGGGAAGCGUUCUACCCUCUCGUGAGAGGGCCGC